GCGGUUGCCGUGGAAACCAUGGCGGCGCCUGGGAGGGUGGGCAGCCGCGCCGCGCAGCACGAGGAGCGGGCCGGCUCCUUGGAGUCCGUUCCCACCGCGUGCCCCGCGGCCCUCGAGCAGCCGGCGGAGCCGCCGGGCAGGACCCUGUGGGAGCGGAUCUGCGAGGAGUAUGAAGCUGAGCUGCCUCCCUUCCCAGAGGGAUACAAAACCAAACAAGAAGCCAUGAUUACCGUUUCACCGAUGGAAGAAACACUUUUCCGUGGUUUCAGUGCAGAGCACCGUUACCCGUUUCCUCAAUGGGCCACAGACUCACACAUACCUUGCACUCAAAUAAAAUUGGAAACAAUUGAUCCCAAAACCUGUUCCCCCAAAGAAUAUUUGGAAACAUUCAUCUUUCCAGUUCUGCUUCCCGGUAUAGCAAGCCUGCUUCACCAGGCAAAGAAAGAAAAAUGUUUUGAGAGGAAAAGGACCAAAUUCAUUGCCUGUGAUUUUCUGACUGAGUGGUUAUACAACCAAAAUCCAAAGAGGACAGGGGAGCCGUUCACAGAUUUCUUCUCCAUUCCCUUUGUGGAACAGUGGCUGAAGCAACACCCGCGGCCGCCCAUCCCACUGUCCCUGCUGCUGACCGAAGAGGAGGCGGCGCUGAGCAUCCAGUCCUUCUGGAGAGCCUACCUGGUUCGCUGUGAUCCUGAGAUCCAAGAGCUGCGUCAGUGGCAGAAGAAGCUGCGCGAGGACAAGCACAUCCGUGAGCGGGUCAGACUCUUCUGGGCCAAGCAAGAGCAGAAAGUGAAACAAACCAUGGAGGAGGAGGAGGUGAAGGAGGAAGAGGCUGCUGUCUCCCCGACCUCCGCUCCUUGACCAGGGACCAGGUUCAGGCAGAGUCCAAGUUAUGCUUCCUCUUGUUAUUCCUUUACCUAGUAGAUUUACUGGCUAGAAAACAUAAGACAGCACUUGUUGUAAGUGCAAGUAAUUCUUACUUUACUGGUCUUUCUGCAUUAUCCCUAAAUUUUAUUCUUUCAGCCAUCUAUUUCUUCAGUGCCUCAGUGUUCUUCUGCACCAGUCGCCUUUAAAAUGUACAACAAACUCUAGUUGCAAGCAGUGAAGUGUCCUGGUUACCCAUGUCCCACUUUGGCAAAGAGCCAUGUUUAAAUUUAAGUCUCAACCCCUGCGUGGUCUUAGUUUAUCUGGUACCUGCUCUUCACGACAGGCCUUGCUGCCUGUGGUCACUUCCAAAGGAGACGGCCUUACCUUCCCACCACCAAGAUGAGUCAGGCCCCACACCCAGCAGACUCCUCACUUGGUGGGCAAGCUGAUGGGUGACCCUCAUUGGGUCAGUGGUUUGCCAUUAACCAGGAUUUUCCCAUUCAAAGAGCCAUAGGCGUAGCCUUGUGGUUGUACUGACAAGCUACCACACAUCUUACGUAAAUAGUAAAGCCUUUAUU